CCCUAAAUUAGGGUUCUGACGUUCACUCUCAAAUGCUCACACUCGCAGUCGAUUCUCAAGUCUUUUCUGCAUCGCACUCCUUUUCUGCCUAGUUGGUAAGUUUCCCCUUCUCUCUAUACAUAUACAUGCAAUUAUCUAUCUACGAGUACCGUCACGUAUGUAUUUCUAUGUUUCUGGUUUUCGAGUUUCGGUUCCUAGGUUGAGUGCAUUUUGUAUUUCUUUCCCAUUUAAUAACGGCCCAUUUUUGCUGUUGAGUCUUUAUUAGCAUUUUUUUUUGUUACGUGUUUUUGUUUUUUAUAAUUACUUCGUUUCUUUAAUUAUCUGAUGCAUUAACUGGAAAUGAUUGAAUGCGUUCCAGGAUGUAAAUAACAAUUAUCGUAGGUUACUUUUUAAAUACCUGUUUGAUGUUUGUCUUUAUUUGGGUUGUUUCACGUUUAGCUCAAGUGAUUCAGACUUUAUGGUUUUCGUCAUUUUUUAUGAUGAGAAUUUCAAUUAUGAAGUGUGUACUGGAAUUCCAAAUAAAAAAAAAAAAAAAACUUUUGUUAGCAGUUACUAUAAUUGAGGGGGGAAUUUGUUUGGGUUGUGUAUGUUUGUUGUUUUUGUGGCUAUCCUUUAAAACCAUCGGCAGUUUUUUUUUUUUUUUCUUUUUUUUCAUUGCAUAGAAUAUUUUGGCAAUAUAUUCGGUUGAUUGACAUUUUCCUGCAUGGUAUUUGGGGUACUAGCUAAUAUUUUUUACAAUUUACAUUUUUUUUUCUCUUUAUUUUUUGAAGGUGUGCUACAUUUAAGCAAUUGAACGAUUUGAUGAGGGGGAACUUAUAACAUAGAUGAUGAUCGUUGAUAAUAUAUUAUUGGGCUGGUAAAGGGAGAUGCUUCUUGCCACGUGUUUGGCGAAGUAAGAAUACUGUAAUUCAGGGUCUGAGCUUCUCCUUUAUCAAACUUAAUCAAGUUCGGGUUUUUUAGACCUUAACUUUCUCGAAACUUCGUUAUAUCUUACUUGAUAUAAUGAUGUGUAUUAAUUAAUUUUAAGAAUCCUGAUAUCUGGAGAAAUGGAUUAGUGCUUCUUGCACCUUUAAAAGCUUUGCGAAGAUUGUGAGAGCUGAGAAGGAAUAGGUUCUGGCAAGUAUUUUGAAAGAUAGCUAAGACGGGGUCCCUCUGUUGUGUGGCUGCAAGGCCACAUGAGUCCAAUGCAACCAGCAGGGAUUGGUCAGUGGGGCCACGUGAGCCUUACUGGCAAACCAAUACAAGCUUUUCACCAGCACCUUCAAGAUGGGAUUUUCGAUUUCAUCAUGAAGCUUUGUCAUUUGGUUCUCAUGACGACAUUCAAUUGUAUGGUUCUUCUACAUCAUCAAACAGCCGAGAAAGUGGACACUGGGUGAGGGGAAGCAGUGUUGCUAAUAAUCAGCACCUGGUAUCUGAUGGCAUGGGCCAAUACUUUAGCAGUCCAAUUGACAUUUCUCCGGUGCAGCAGUGGACUCCCCCAACAAUACAAGAAAUCAGGGAAGAUGUCUAUGGUGCUACAAGAGGAGAUGUAGUUUUGAAGCCUUCAUCCUUUUCACCAACAAUGGAGGGCACUUCGGCGGUUAUGGAUAGUAGAAGCUCCACUUCAUCUCAGUCAGAUAGUAGUGGUGAUUAUGAGGCCGUGGUUAAGUCACAUUCCUCUUAUUGCAACUUCUCGGGUCGAGGUUGCUUCAUGUCAAAAGCAGUAUAUCCUUUGUCAUUUCCAUUGGAAAUGCCAACUAGGGAAGCUUCUGGCAUCACCACUUCUGAGAGGUCAGAAUAUGAUUCCACUCCACGAAGGGACAGACACCAUCUGAGCAGUGCUACUGUGAGUGUCGAUCUCACUGGAUUAUCUGAACACUUUGACGAUGAUCUUUUCAAUAGAUCUUAUAGUCCUUCAGAUCAAAUUAGAUGUGGAUUGUGUGAGAGGUUCCUUUCACAGAGAUCUCCCUGGAGUUCUCGGAGGAUUGUAAGAAGUGGAGAUAUGCCAGUUGCUGGCAUUCUUUCGUGUCGGCAUGUAUUCCAUGCAGAGUGCUUGGAGUAUACGACACCAAAGGUGCAUAAGAGUGACCCUCCAUGUCCCAUUUGUGUGAAAGUUGAAGAGGAAAAUUCCCCAGACCCGCGAAUCAUUUCCAAGUUGACUAGCCGUCUCCCUCGGUUUAAACCUAUGCGUGAAGAUGGACCAUCCAAGCCUUGGGGCUGUACACGAGCUGGAGAUUGUGUUGAACGGGCUUUGCACAUCCCUACUCGUAACACAGUGUUAUCUCUUAACCGGACCCGAUUUAGAAAAAAGUUUAUCCAUGAAGGGAAAUCGAAGUCACGGGAAGUUGAGAGCUAGUGGCUCUUAAUCUUCGUGCCUAUCGUGUUCUAGUUUGAAGUGUUGCCAGGGUUCUGUAUAUGCAUGCAUUUUACUUUAGGGUUUUCUCAGACCUUGCUGUUUUCUAAUUGUUAUUUGUUAAGCUAAUUUGAUGUGUAGGAAAACAGAUCAGGCUAUUAGCCAUGUAUGUUGUUUGUAGUUCAAUCUAAAUUACCCAGUCUUGCCGUCAUGUUAGGCUUCAACUUGAUAAUUUA